AUGCUGGAGGUAGGAAACAACAUCUUGACGCCCGCAGAGGAGCAGACUCACUUUUCUCUGUGGGCCAUUCUCAAGAGCCCCCUGGUCAUUGGAGCCGCUUUAAACGAUGAAACGACUUCCAUUGGCGAUGUGUCACUCUCGAUUCUGUCUAGCAAGGAUGUCAUCUCCUUCAAUCAGGACGCUUUGGGUGUCAGUGCUAACUUGAGACGGCGGUGGUCCGAAGAGCAAUACGAAGUCUGGAGCGGCCCUCUUGCUAAUGGCAGAACCGUCGUGGCGCUGAUCAAUUGGGCCGCUGGUUCGCGGGAAUUGACACUGAAUCUGCCUGACGUUGGAAUCCAGCACGCGGGGACAGUGAAAAACAUAUGGGCCGGCCAAACCAUCAGGACUGUCAAGACGUCGUAUACGGCGACGGUCGACGCUCACGGAGUCAUGCUACUAGAACUCGAGGAUACGACAGAGGCCGGUCUCUACCCUAGCAACAAGUUUGCAUCAUCCGUGGGGUUUGUCGUCUUCACCGCGAAAUGGGCCACAUUCUUUGUGCUGACUCUCUACAGCAACAAAGUGACGUUUGACUCCGUCUAUGCCAACACGUCGAGCUCCAACCACACCAUUUCCAUCGUAUUCUCACGCCCUGCUUCGUCGAGUACCAGUAUCACCGUGCAAUCGUCCACUAAUCCGAGUAAACACACCAUCCACGUGCCAGCAUCGAGCAAGAGCGUAUCGACUUCCAUCUCCCUAACCGCCGGAUCCAGCAACAAGGUCGUCAUCGACUCGUCUCUUGCCAUACACUCCAUCCAAAUCAAAUCCCCUCUCGGCACGUAUUACCCAUCAACCGAGUUCACUCUCACAGGCUCCGCAUCACUCACACAGUGCGGUGACGGAUUCUGUCAGCCAGUCGGCGCCAAGAUCGGCUUCCUGGACAGCACGAACACAGCCAAGGUCACAAUUUCCGCGACAAUCCCGUCUUCGUCAGGUGAUGCCACGGCGUCCAAGUACCUUGAGCUCGACUAUAUCAACAACGACAUCGCCUUCUCGUCGUCCUGGGGCUGGGGCUCAAAUUCUCGGAAUGUCACGAUCUCAGUGAAUGGCGGGGAGCCCGUGAGGCUUGAGGUGCCGCUUUCUGGCCGUCAUAGCGAGCUCUUUGGGCCUGGGCUCGGCUGGUGGGAUACCUCAUCACUGGGUGUCUUAGUUGGUGGUUGGAAAGAUGGUGACAAUGAAGUUGUCGUUGCAAAUGUGGCUGGCAGUGAUGCCUUUCAGACCUGGGGUGCUGACUUUGUUGGAGUUAGGGUCUACGACUAG